CAGUCAUAUGACAGCGGCCAGUUCCUCCCAAACACUACGCUACAUUAAUAGUGGUGACAAAAACGUUACAAACAAAACCAUCACAGACCUAUACAUUUAGCCUCUAAACAUGUUGGCCCUGAUUAACCGUCUCCUGGACUGGUUCAAGGCUCUCUUCUGGAAGGAAGAGAUGGAGUUGACCCUCGUCGGGCUGCAGUAUUCGGGGAAAACGACGUUUGUUAACGUAAUCGCGUCGGGCCAGUUCAGCGAAGACAUGAUUCCAACUGUCGGGUUCAACAUGAGGAAGGUCACAAAAGGCAACGUCACCAUCAAGAUUUGGGAUAUAGGGGGUCAACCAAGGUUCAGGAGCAUGUGGGAGAGAUACUGUCGUGGAGUGAACGCAAUAGUUUACAUGGUGGACGCAGCGGACCGGGAGAAGGUCGAAGCCUCCAGAAAUGAGUUGCACAAUCUCUUAGACAAACCACAGUUACAAGGAAUCCCUGUGUUGGUGCUCGGAAAUAAGAGAGAUCUACCCAAUGCAUUGGAUGAGAAACAGCUAAUCGAAAAAAUGAACUUGGCUGCUAUUCAAGACAGGGAGAUCUGCUGCUACUCUAUUUCCUGCAAAGAAAAAGAUAACAUUGACAUCACACUUCAGUGGCUAAUCCAACACUCAAAAUCAAGAAGAAGCUGAAUAGUCUUCAACGGGCCCAAGUCUAUCCGCUGCCAUCUUACUCGCGUACCACAUCCUGCUCACUUUGUGAAACUGUACAGUUCUUCAUCCCGCUCCCAUCACACUGCCCUGCCUGUCUGACCCCAUAAUUACUUAGCAGCUCCUCCUUCCAACUGCAUCGGUCAUCUCAACGAUACAUCAGUCGCUAAAAGACGCUAGCCUGCAGAACGAUUUUCUCCACCUCUUACAGCGUGCCGUCAGAUGACCGCAAUGCAUUCUGUCCCACUUGCUACAGCGGCCUCCACGGGACCCAUUUGGGGUUUUUGAACAAAAAAAGAGCUGGGAAAAAUCUUGAAUAAAUCAAACCUUUUUCCUCCAAUCUGUCAGGUUUUGCUCAUGUGAGCAUAUAAUAUUGUUUGGACUUUUGCUUUUAUUUCUUUCCAUUCUGUCUUUUUCCCCAAAAAUGCCUCCUGAUAUACGAGGAGCUGUUUAGUAAAUAAAGAGCUCGGCAGAAAGAUUUUUACAAAAGUCUAUUAAGAGGAUGACUGUUUGCUGGUUAAGAUGUAGUUUUCAUUUAGCUCAGCGAUGUUUGUUCUUGAGCUGAGAGAGAGAGAGAGAGUAGGUGAAGUUAAAGUGCCUUGUGCAGUGUAUCUGUCCCUCAAGCUAAACAGUAUACCGGGUGUGCCUACCUGGAACUAGAUUGAAUUAAGACAGCUUACUUUAAACUGCAAGAAGCAAAGGCAUGCUUUUUAUGGUAGAUUAUUGUACUGUUGUCAUUAUAAACUAAAUAUUUGUGAAAAAGAGGCAAACCCCACUAUUAUCAAUGCACUUUUGUAAAUACGAUGAACCAAUAAAUAGAUUGUCGACAUGUAAGAGGAAUCUUGCAUUGUUGUGACUGAUUUUAA